AUGGAAGGACUCAUUGACCCAAACUACAAAGUUGGCAACAAGGCCUUCCUCCAAGCACUGAUGGCUCGGGGAACCAUGACAUACGAGGAGGCUCGCCCCAUUCUGGCCGCCAUAGGGAAUGCCGAUGAAGGAUCGCAAGAGCACGACGAGGAGGAAAUCACCGAGGAAAUCUUUGAGGAAUACAUCAACCUGGCCCGCCAAGCUGUCUCACUGUUCGAUUAUGACAUCCGCAGAGCAACGCACCAGAAGACAAAAGAACACAUCUACGCCCUCAUCAACACUACAUCGGACCCGCAGACACAACUAGCAACCACGUUCACAGCGGAUGAGCUCGCAUUCAUCAAGCGGCUGCUGGUAGCCAUCUUCGAGUCCCACAACAGCCCGCGCAUGGAGGUCAUGGCAAUCACACAGAUGCAAGCAAUCAAGUUGGCGAGGCCACGGUCAAGACCAAGUCAGGCACACGAUGAGGAGAGCACGCAGGCACCAACAGACCGUGGACUGAAGCACAGUGAGGUGGAGGAUGUUCUGUCGAACAUGACAGCUGGCGGCUGGCUGGAGAAGAGUCGCGAGGGCUUCUACAGCCUGUCUUCAAGGGCACUCUUGGAGCUGCGCCCUUGGCUCAUUGAGGAGUUCAACAGCCCAGACGCUGAAUCGGACGAAUGGCAGCCUAUCAAGACCUGCGCGGCUUGCAAGGAGAUCAUCACGUACGGGCUGCGAUGCGCAGAGCCCCUUUGCAACCUUCGGCUGCACGACAUUUGCGAAGACGCAUUCUGGAGGUCAAGAGGCAACAAGAACUGCCCCAAAUGCGCGCGGGCGUGGACUGGCAAGAAUUAUGUCGGUGAGAGGGCGGUUACGAAGACAGCCGCGCACGAGAGACGGCGGACAGCGGGCGGCGCGAGGAGAAGCAAUGCCGCCGAAGAAACUACGCGCCACGCGCAGCCCAACGGCGGCUACUCGGACGACCAAGGGGUCGACAGUGACGAUAAUUCGUAA